AACUCCUAGAGUACCCCGCGCCGCUGGGACGCCGUGCGGCUGUGGGGCGGGGCGAGCGCAAAGAUGUCCGCGCACGCUGCCGGGAGGCGAGGUGAGAGUCUUUGAUCGUAAACAGGCGCCCGGAGCUGAGGCAGUUCCCGCACGUGUCGCGGGACCGGAGACGCUAGGGCCAGGUAUUCCAAGGAUGCAAGAAUCCUGCAAAUCCGACAUGUAAACUGCUUCCCCAGCCUCCAGGCGAGCCCUGCCUUUGCCUCAGGCCCCUUCCUUUUCCUUCUCGGGGAAUCGACCUCGGGAAGGGGUGUGGGCAAAGAGAUGAGGACUCUCCCUUUUCGCCCAGGCCAACUCGGGAUAUCCCGGAACCUUUGGGGAGGCGGUCACUCCGACGUCUGAGGACCUGGGCUUUGGGCCCGGACUCGAUAUGAAGAGCGACUGCUCGACCUCUGCAGCCCCCUUCAGGGGGCUUGGGGGACCUCUGCGCAGCAGCGAGCCGGUGCGCGCCGCCCCGGCCCGGGCGCCGGCCGUGGACCUUCUGGAGGAGGCGGCCGACCUCCUGGUGGUGCACCUAGACUUCCGGGCGGCGCUGGAGACCUGCGAGCGGGCCUGGCAGAGUCUGGCCAACCACACCCUGCCAGAGGAACCCGCGGGCACCUCCUUGGAGGUGAAGUGCUCCCUGUGUGUUGUGGGGAUCCAGGCCCUGGCAGAAAUGGAUCGGUGGCAAGAAGUCCUCUCCUGGGUCCUUCAGUAUUACCAGGUCCCUGAAAAGCUACCCCCCAAAGUCCUGGAGCUGUGCAUUCUUUUAUACAGCAAAAUGCAAGAGCCUAGAGCUGUGCUGGAUGUGGUGGGUGCCUGGCUCCAAGACCCAGCCAACCAAGACCUUCCAGAAUAUGGAGCCUUGGCAGAAUUUCAUGUGCAGCGGGUGCUGCUGCCUCUGGGCUGCUUGUCGGAGGCUGAGGAGCUAGUGGUGGGCUCUGCAGCUUUUGGUGAGGAGCGGCGACUGGAUGUACUUCAGGCCAUUCACACAGCGAGGCAGCAGCAGAAACAGGAACACUCAGGCUCUGAGGAGGCCCAGAAGCCACACCAGGAAGGCUCUGUCUCCCACAAGUUCCUGUCACUACCGAUGUUGGUUCGCCAGCUUUGGGACUCUGCAGUGAGCCACUUCUUUUCUCUGCCCUUCAAAAAGAGCCUCCUGGCUGCCUUGAUCCUCUGUCUCCUGGUGGUGAGGUUUGAUCCAGCUUCCCCUUCCUCCCUGCCCUUCCUCUACAAGCUGGCCCAGCUCUUCCGCUGGAUCCGGAAGGCUGCAUCUUCUCGCCUCUACCAGCUCUGCAUCCGUGACUGAGGGUCCCUGCGCACCACAGCCUCUCUGCUCCUCAUGUCUGCGGCAACAGAAGCAGAGUGACAGAGCGACACAUCCACAGGCGCCCCUGGGGAAAUGGGACCAGCCUAAUCUCGUGGAGUGCACUGUGUCUUGCUGCCUGGGUGCCCUCUCCUUUGCACCCCACUUCGGCUGUUCGUGGUAGAUGAUGUGGAAACAAAGCGGGACCAGCAGGCACAGCACCUCCAGAACAGUGCCCCAGAUGACCAGCGGCCCCUUGAAAAGGAGGGGUUUGGGGACAGGGACUGUGUCCAUGAAACAUUCCAUCUUCUCAGCAAAGGCAAGGGGUUGGUUCUUCAGGUCAGGAUGUUAAUGGAGCUGGAAGUUCAGAAGAAGCCUGGGGGAGUGA